GAGAGUCCGAGUUAUGGAGAUUGAAGGUAUAGAAAAAAGUGUAAGUAAGAAGAUGAAGAGAUUCUUACUAAUUCUAAACUGCAUUCUACUCGGCGUCGGAAACAGCGGCGGUCCUCUCAUUAUGCGCCUCUAUUUUCUCCGCGGCGGAAAACGCAUAUGGCUUUCUAGUUUCCUUGAAACCACCGGCUGCCCCAUCAUUUUCAUUCCCCUUCUCAUCGUCUAUCUCCACCGCCGCCGCCGCCAUCAAUCUACUCCUCUCUUCUUCACGACUCCGCCCCUCUUCUUCGCCGCUGCCUUCAUCGGAGUACUGACCGGACUUGACAACUACCUUUACGCGUACGGAGUAUCCCUCCUUCCAAUCUCCACCUCCGCCUUAAUCAACACCUCACACCUAGUUUUCACGGCGGGUUUUGCUUUUCUCCUUGUAAGACAGAAAUUAACUUCGUUUUCAUUGAACGCGAUUUUCUUAUUGACGAUGGGAUCAGUGUUACUGGCUGUGCAUUCGAACGGGGACAGGCCCGAAGGGGAAUCGAAUAAGGAAUACUAUUUGGGUUUUAUAAUGACGGUUGCGGCGGCGGCGCUUUAUGGGUUGGUGUUGCCGAUGGUGGAAUUGAUGUAUAAGAAGACCAAACAGAGGAUGAGUUAUACGGUCGUUAUGGAAGUUCAACUUGUUAUGUGUUUCUUCUCUACUCUUUUAUGUUGUGUUGGUAUGUUCAUUAAUAAUGACUUUAAGGCGAUUCCAAAGGAAGCAAGGGAAUAUGAAUUAGGAAAAAGGAAUUAUUACCUUGUAUUAAUAGGCAAUGGAAUACUAUGGCAAUGUUUCUUCCUAGGCUCCAUUGGAGUUAUCUUCACAUCCUCAUCUCUCUGUUCUGCCAUCAUAACAACUGCUGACCUUCCCAUAACUCAAAUCUUAGGUGUUCUUCUCUACAAAGAGAAGUACAAGACAGAAAAGGCACUUUCACUUAUCCUUUCUCUCUGGGGUUUUCUCUCCUACUUCUAUGGACAGAUCAAAGAUAAUAAUAAGAAUCAGAAGAAGAAUGAAGAUCAAAACCCAGAAGAUAAACAGACAUCGGAUGAUGUAGCUUAGUUUAAUCCAUUUGCUAAUUUAAAUUGUCAAAAAUCUUUCAUAGGUUUAUCCAUAAUCUAGUUCUAUUCCUAGCUAGACUAAUAUAUUAAUGAUAACAGUGCUCAUGUUUUUGUAUGUGUUAGUUAGUUU